GCAGCCAGUCAGCAGUGUCUGGCUGGGAGGUGGGUCCGCCUCAGCAAUGGCUCCCAGCGAUGGCCAACAGCUCUGCAGAGCAGUGAUCGUACCCGGUAAUGGGGUGGGGGACGUGGAGGACAGUAACUGGUACAAAUGGGUGAAGGAUCAACUGAAGCAGAUCCCAGAUUUUCAGUGCUUGCUUCAAAACAUGCCUGACCCAUUGACAGCUAGAAAAACAAUAUGGCUUCCUUUUAUGGAGAAAACACUGCAGUGUGAUGAACAGACCGUUAUCAUUGGACACAGUUCUGGGGCUGUUGCAGCUAUGAGAUAUGCUGAAACGCACAGGGUAUAUGGUAUUAUAUUGGUAUCUGCAUAUACAUCUGACCUCGGGAAUGCCAUUGAACGAGAAAGUGGAUAUUUCAACAGUCCAUGGCAAUGGGAGAAGAUCAAAUGCAAUUGUACCCAUAUCGUUCAGUUUGGUUCAACUGAUGACCCUUUCCUCCCGUGGUCUGAACAGCAGGAAGUAGCAGAUGGUCUUGAGGCAGAACUCCACAAAUUCACAAACCGAGGGCAUUUUCAGGAUGAAAAAUUUCCUGAAUUAAUAACUGUUGUUUUCAAGAUGAGGAAAGCACCUUGAUAAUCAGUAACCUUUUCAUUCAUGGGUUGAUUGAAUUAUUUUCUUUGAUUUAGAUUUCUUUUUCAUAAACUUUUAUUCUUAAACUGAUGUGUUAAACUUAAAAUUAUGAGGAAGCUAUUUGUUACAUGAAGCAUAUAAACAGGAUUUCAGAAUGGCAGAUUACACUGCUGAUAGUGACUGGAAGCAUUGAACAGAUUUACUACAUCUUCUGCAGCUUAUGGUAAUAAGUGAUGAUUGCCAUUUUGUCACAUCAGAGCAAAUAAACAAACCUUAACUUGUACAAGAGAAAGUACUGUGGAUGCUGGGAAUCUGAAAUAAAAAAACAGAAAAUGCUGGAAAUACUCAAGUCUGGCAGCAGCUGUGGAGAGA